AUGGGAAGUCUCGAUGAGAACCUGCACACUAUUCAUAGAGCAUAUCUUCAAUACUAUGGUGCGGCUUCAUAUGAAACUUUGGGUCGAGCAGCUCACAAUUAUUCAAGCAAUAAGCUUCUACUCUUGAAUUUGGCCAAAGAGGGCUAUGUCGCGUGCAAGCUUUCCCUUCAAAAUGUGACGAAGGAAUUAAAAAAGUCAGAUUCAAAUUCUGGAAAUACCAACAACGCGAAUAUAUAUGGAAAUUCUGGUCAUGAACACAAUAUCGAUGAGGAUGAGGACAGAGAAAAUGAAGACGAUCUCGAGUCAGUCUCUGGAUCUUUGAGUGACGCGACUUUAAAGCGCGUCUAUGCUGUUUGCUAUUUGACGGAACCAUGGAGAACUUAUGCCAGGUACAAAUGUCAAGCUUCUGGAGAAGAUAUGGGUGAAUUUACUACGAAAACUGCAGAAAAUGCGUUUACCUUUGAUCUGGAGCCACCAGGGAAUGAUGAUAUUGAGGCAAUUGAAGCAGAUGUCGAGUCCGUGUCUGAACUUAUGCCGCCACCUCUGCGUGUCCAAAAGACUAGAAGCAAAAGGCCAGGUCUGAGCAAUAUACCGAUCCCUGACAGAUCCUUGAUUCCGCUACCACUUUUCUCACCUUCUCCAUUGUCACCACGCAGGACAGCCGAUUCGCAAAUCCCCAACCGGACGCCCAAGCCAGCCCCACUAAAUGCAAUUUCUGCGGAUGCAGUUUCUCCGGAUGCUAGGUUGAAAAGUCGAACCCCCGUCCCAAUUGAUUCUAUCGAUCUCACACCAAAUGAGCUUCCGCGUCACCCGCUCCAAUUGCACCAGAAACCAAAACUCCAAGCAUCAGGACGCAUGCUCAACAUCUUGACUUCCCUCCCCACCCAGCUCAAUACCAACAUUUCCAACAUCAGCGGUCUCAUUUCUGAAGUCACCCAACUCCAAUGUAUCCACAAAGCCACUAAAAGUAACCGUCUCGCAUCAUACUGGAGUUUCACGCCUUUUCGUGAGCAAAGUAAUGGCGGUGUCCCAACAAAUAACCCAUUGAGCCGCACCAGUAGUGGGAAUCGUAAUGUUUCGAACGGGAGUGAAACUAAGCAGGAACGAAUCGUUCGCUUGCGAUCGGAAGGGUGGAACACGGUGGGCAUUAGGGAUCCUAAGAGGGGCUGGAAAGGGUCAGAAUAUUAUGAAAGGAUUUGCGAAGAGGCAUUGGGGGAGUUGUACGGUUGCUAG